CUCUCCAGACUCCCAUCCAAAACAUCCCAGUCCAGAAUCACCUGGGUCUCCUUUUGAGAUGAUUUCCAACAGCGCGGGCUUUGAUUUCAAAGAAAGUGAAGACAAAGCAAUUCAUUAUGGACUUUCAGAGAUGUCUGCACAAAGGUCUUCUAACCAAAUGGAGAAAGCCAAUGAACCACUGAUUAGAUAUACACACCCAACUUGGUGUUUCAACGAGGAAGAAUCGUAUGGUUUUAUGCCACACUCUAGACAAUGGUAUAAGAAAUGAUGUUUUGGAGCCUGAGAUCCCUGUAGUUGAACCAAAUGAAAAUCAAAAAGAUGAUGGACUUGAACUCAUGUAUGAAAAAGUGCUUCCUAAAUCCUCAGUAGAUGAAAGGUACUUGGGGCAAAGUCUAGAGACCCAAGAUGUCUGUGGUGAAGCAAAAGACCACAGCUCUGCAAAAAGGGAGGAGCAUUCAUAUGAUUUAAAAUCAGAGGUUCGUUGGCCAGAUGCAGAUGAUGACAUGGACAGCUCAGGGGAGUCAGAUGACACAGUAAUAGACGCUGGUUGGAGGGUCAAGGGUUCAGAACUGGAGCAGAAAGAACACAGCGAGGAUGGUUGGAUUGAGCUGCAUAACGCACAGCAGAAAAAUGAGACCAAGAAGGAAGAUGUAACGGUACAUGAGACACUUGCCAAUAACUCAGAACUUCCGUGGUCAUCGCAAUACAGUGAAACCCAAACUACACUUUUAGUAGAUGCUACAGAUCGUUUGAACAAAUCUGCAUCAAAAACCCCAGAAUCCCCUCAUAGUGAAGGCUUUGUAGAUCUAGCAGAAACUUACGGUACCGACCAUAAUACUGGGGUGAUUUGCUAUUCAGAGUCUGAAUCCCUGGAAGACCAAGUAGAGGAGAAUCUAACUAUUGAAGCUCUAAGAGCUUUGGCAGAUGGGACACAAGACUGGAAUUCAGAAAGCCAGGAAUCCUCUCCAGAGAUUUUGUGUCCUCGUUUGGCAGCUAUGAAAGGUUGAAGACAACUUCGUUUCAAGCUUCCACAGAAUCGAUCCAGGAUUCCGCAGUUGAUAUUCUGACCUUCAAAGUUCAUGAUCUGCUGUACUGGAGAGAUUUGAAGAAAUCUGGGAUGGUAUUUGGAGCCACUAUGGUGCUGCUUUUGUCCUUGGCAGCAUUUAGCAUCAUUAGUGUCGUAUCGUAUCUCGUAUUGUCCUUGCUGACUGUCACAAUUAGCUUCCGUAUCUACAAAUCUGUCAUGCAAGCCGUCCAGAAGUCUGAUGAGGGACAUCCAUUCAAGGCUCUUCUGGAUCAAGACAUCACCCUUUCCUCUGACAGCUUCCAGAAGAAAGUGAGCUCAUCCCUUGUUCACAUCAACAGUGCUUUGAAGCACAUUGUACGCCUCUUUCUUGUGGAGGACUUAGUAGACUCGCUCAAGCUUGCCCUUUUCAUGUGGCUGAUGACCUAUGUAGGCGCUGUGUUUAAUGGGAUCACACUUCUCAUACUUGGGGUGUUGGUUGCAUUCACUGCUCCAGUUGUGUAUGAAAAAUACAAGGUACAGAUCGAUCACUAUGUGUCUUUGGUGAACAAUCAAGUGAAAUCAAUUACAGAGAAGUGA